AUGAAUUUUACUUAAAUCAAUUUCCAAGAGGUUUUUCUGAGACUAAUUACAAUAUUAGAAGAGAACCUGCAGAAUUUAAAGACAACACCAAUGAAGCUUCUAAUAUACAAAUAAUUCAGCAGCAACAAAAAGAAAAUACUUUUAAUAAAAAGAAAUCAUUUACUAAAAGAAGAUUUGGGGAUAAUAAUACUUUGCAAAAUGAAUCAAACAACAACUGGCAAGGUUAUGAAAUUGAUCUUUUGAUUCAAUAUAUUUCUGACAAUUUUAAUGAAUAUAAAAAGGGUAAUAAAACCAAGUUAUUCAAUGAAAUGUCUGCAAAUUUAUUGAAAAACAAAGAACCUGCUGCUAUCAAAAGCAAAUUAUCAAGGAUGAUUAAAACUUAUA